UCAGUGAAGCUCCUCCCACAGCAAUUCACCAAAUAAAAGUUGGAAUAUUCCCAUCAGUGAAGAAGAGUUUUCAGUGACAACAGGAGUGACCCAGAGCCCUGCAAAAUGAAACCUGAAGAUACUGAAAAACAGAGAGACCUGAUGGAAGAGACGGAGGAGAGUGAAGAACUGAGUGAAGCAGAAGAAAAACACGUCAAAAAUGGAGUAAAAUCUCUGAGUCGCUCACAGGCUCAACGUAAUUUUAUACUGAAAAGAAACCCUUCCCAAAAAUUCACUUGCCUUAUAUGUGGUAAGACUUUCCCAUACAAGCAAAGUCUUAAAGUUCACAUGAGAGAUCACAGUGAAGAGAAGCCGUACACAUGUGAUCAAUGCGGGAAGAGUUUUAAACAAAAGGGACACCUUAAGAGACACAUGAUAGUCCACAGUGGUGAGAAACCAUACACGUGUGAUCAGUGCGGGACGAGUUUUGCGUAUGACAAACACCACUUUUAA